UUAUGGGUGGUCUUGAUCUCGCUUACCAUUAAUUUUGUUAAACCCCAAGCUAUCUUAACAAAUUUAAAUGAACCGAUCGAUUAUGAAGGGUUUACUGCCGACUUACUUGAUUAUCUAAAAAUAAAUCGAGACAACGUCACGUCUUCUAACAUCGUCGACCAAAUCAUGGAGGCCGCUACUCUCAGAAACGUCACUCUCAACGAUGUUCUGGAAAUUAGAGAACAACACACUAUCCAAAAAUCAGACUUCAUGCGUACCAUUCCGAAGGAACAAGUGCCUCUGCCAACGCCAUAUGCGAUAUUGGAGGCAGGGUAUCCGUUUCAAGAGUUCCAAGUGACCACGUCUGACGGGUACAUACUUUCCCUCCACCGCAUCCCUGGGCUCAAGGGAUCAUCCCCAACCACGUAUGGACCGCCCGUGCUACUCAUGCAUGGACUCGCCAUGGCCUCUACUUCUUUCCUCGCACUUGGACCUAGCAAUAGUUUAGGUUACAUCUUGGCCGAUGCAGGCUACGACGUGUGGCUUGGCAACUUUCGAGGCAACACUUUCAGCCGCAAACAUACAAGUCUUAAUCCAGACUCUGACCAAAGCUUCUGGCACUUCAGUCAGGACGAAAUGGCUUCACAAGACAUACCAUCGAUGAUUGACUUCAUUUAUACGAAAAACCCGGUAAAAUUAAUAUACAUAGGAUAUUCUCAAGGAGGAAGAACCGGUCUCAUGGCUGCCACGAAUUCGGCCGUUUGUGAUAAGCUCAAACUCAUGAUCGUCCUCGCUAGUACCGGAGCUCGCACCCUAACAGAUGCCGCUGCAGGGAGAGCCCUCGUGUUGUCAAGGAUUUGGACGCUCCUUGAAUUCAUCGGAAAGCCAGAAAUCAUGUCUCGUAACUUGGGCAUCGCGCCAGUGUUGGGCCUCAUAUGCAAAAGAAAAUCUUUACUGAGUGACGUGUGUGCCUUGCUUGUGUCCAAAUACUUCGGGACGCGACUCAAGGGAGAUGAUCUCUACACAUACAGACAGGAUCACUUACCGCUGAUAUUUGCAAAUCUUUUGGAUGGGUCGUCAGCUCGCCAGUUUUCCCAUCAAGAGCAAUUAACACGCGGUGUGUUGAGAAAAUUUGAUUUCGGAAUUUUCGGAAACCCUUCCCGGUACGGGUCCAAGGAGGCUCCUGUGUACGACUUAACCACCGUUCAGUGUCCAGUUGCUAUAUAUUGGGCUGACAACGAUCCAAGAACUCCAAAAACUGACGUCGAUCGAAUUGCAGCAGAGAUUCCCAACGUCGUGGCGACAACGCAAGUUGAGAGAUAUUAUUUCAAUCACAUCGAUUUUAUCUUUGCUGAUCUCGCGAAAAGUCUUGUGUAUGAUUCCAUCGUUCAACUAAUGAGUCAAUACUAAUAAAAAUUUUGGUCAACGCUAACGCACCUGAUAAUGAAUAUUACAAUCUGGCAUUAGUUGUUAGAUGAAACUUUAGUGGAAUAACAGGGAUUUGUUUUCUACGCUAAUAAAUCAUUUUGCGUGCAAUGAGUUUGCACAGAUGUUGUUUUGGUUUAUUGCGUUGACUUAUUUAGUAGAUAUAUUGAGAGCUAUUUCACGCGACUCUCGUGCAAUAAGCGGAAUCUCGACCACUUUACGUCGUUAUUGCACGAUCGUCACUGGCUGCGCAUGCAGCAGCGCACGCAGUUCAAGGUCGCUGUUCUGACGUUCCGAUGCCUUCACGGUCUGGCAUCUCCUUUACUCCCAAGAUAUCACCAGCGCGUUUCUGAUCUGUCUAUUAGAAGGCGAUUGCGCUCGUCAUCAACAGAGAACCUCGUCGUACCAUCUACACGUCCAUCCACCGUAGGCGACAGAGCGUUCCCUGCCGCCGGCAGAAACAAUCUGCUGGCUUCUGUGACAUCGGCUCCUCUGUUGCAGGUGUUUCGUCGACGCCGAAAGCAGGAACUUUUUCGUAGAGCAUAUGAAUCAAGUGCCUAAUCAUUUAUAUCCGUUCUCAUCUUUUCCCGUGUCUAUUUAUUAUUCGCAUGCUAUUUUAAUUCUGUGUAACUUGCCCUCGA